AGUCUCCAGCAUAUGUUUCCGUCGAGCGUUCAAAUUUCGAUGACGAGGAGAUGAGUGGCAGCGAGGUGGAAAGGCAGUGUACGCCACGCCUCGCAGACUACUUCGUCGAAUUACAACUUGACGAAACACAGAUCAGUGAGCUACUGAUGAUCUCAUUUUUUUGUGUUCCCAGUGGCUGGAGCCUUGCUUAUAAAGAGCUCGACCCUACCUUUUUUGUGUGCACCCUUACCGAUCUUAUGGGAGCUCACCAAUAUGCUUGUUGUUUACAGACAUGUCUUCAUCGUAUCUUCAUUGCACUUCAGAGCGAUGUAAAUGCAGCAGAAGUGAUGAUUGCGACCAUAAUUAGCAAGAUUUUGUUAAUUGGCAGAACUCCAAUUAGCUUCACAAUGGGAGGAGAGCGAAUCUCUGUCCAGCCCAUACUACAGCGACGGGUUCCAUUGACAGGCGAUCGUGUCACGCGCUUCUUUAAAUGCUUAGGUUCGAUUUUUAAUUUCCUCACGGUAGUAAGAGCUGUGUUAUGUGACACCAAAAUCAUACUGCAUAGUUCAUCACAACAACGUCUCUCCGAUUCUGCAUAUGCAAUUAAAUCGAUUAUAUUUCCUUUUGAGUACACGUAUACUUUUGUGACGGCAUUGCCAGAGCUGCUGCUGGAAUACUUGGAAAGCCCCACACCUUAUUUAAUGGGUGUAUUGUCACAAGUAAGAGAAAAGUUGCCUCCUGUGGAUGCUGUAGUGGUAGAUCUGGAUACAGGUGAAGUACGUCUGCCGGAGAACACUCAACUUGCUGAGUUGCCAUCACCGUUCCGUGAACGUUUGAUAUAUCGCUUGCAAAGGGUUCUUAAUCCCGAACUAGCUACGGCUGAUCUAGCUCUACCUGUUGCUUUGCCGCCCCCACCGGAACCACACUUGCUGCGCAAUGUUAUGGACAGUGUUAUUAAGGACAAGGAAAUCCGUUCCUGCUUCAUUGUUUUCUUUGCGGAACUGCUGUAUGGCUAUCGUUCGUGCCUAGAGCUUGUACGUCUCCAUCGUCAUCCACUUAUCGUGUUCCAUAAAGCUGCUUUUAUGGGCAUGAGGUUUGUCGUAUUUUGUACACCUACAAUUGUACUUCCUACUUACUUAUUGAUCGUACUAAUGCAGACGUUUAAAUUCCCCUCUCCUUCACGAUCUCAUCGAGGGACAAAUGUAGUAUGCUCGGCAACCAUUGAAGACGAUGACUUAGAUUUGUUGGAAGAAAAGCAAAGGCUGACAAAGAUUAGUUCAACUCUGCUAAUCAAUGAGAAGCAAGAACGUAUAAUGACAACGACGCCGACACUGUCUAAACGAGCUUCACUUUCCUUCGCAAAUGGUGAUUCCGUAAUGCACGAUUGUACAACUGGCCGAGAAAUUAGUGAUGAAAGAAUUAAUAACCUCGUUGAACAGAAUCGCCUACAGUGGAAUCUUGACGAUCCAGAUCGACUGUGCCGUAAGAUCGUACCUGUACCUGAGAAACUAAAUUUGUACGAAGAGCAUCUUGGUGCUAAUAGUCGACGGCUUUUGGUUCUCAGUGCUUGUAUAAAUGCGAUCUUUGAUAAUCAUAUAUCCGAAGCGAGAAAGAUGAUGUGUGCUGUAGAAUUGUCGCUUCGAGUAGUAACCGCUCGGGUAACCCUUUGUCGUCAUCUCGCAAAUGCAGCAGUGCCCGUUACAAGAGCAAUGCUACAACCUGCACAAUUCGAACUUGUUGUCCGACUUCUUAACUGUGCUCUUGAGCAUGAGUCAGACGACGAUCAACAUGGGAUAGCGUACGCUUGUUUACACUUGGGCAACGUAUACUGCCGUGUGGGUCCCAUUGCAGUCACUUCACUUGACCAUUCAGAAUAUCGGCUUACGCCAGGUGUACAACAGUAUGCCUAUACUUGUGUACAAGACCACUCUGUAUGGAGCAAUCAACGAUUUUGGGAAGCUGCAUUUUUCCACGACGUACAUGAGCUAAUGCGCCGUCAUUAUGGAUAUCACCAUGACAGUAUUAUGCCACUCUGUGGAAAAGGCAAUCAUGAUAUGUGGAAUUUAUUGGAUGAACCAACUGCAAUGGAAUUAACAGCUGCACGUCUGUGCAGCCUUUCCGAACUCUCUAAUGAAGAACUAGCUAAAUGCAGUGAAGAAGAAGAAUCUAUUGUUUAUGGUCAAGCGAAGCAUUAUGUGAACCUUAUGACGUACCUUAGAGUCCCACUGGAUGCGUCGCGUCUUCGUAGAAUUGAUAGAAAUGAUCUGGAGUUGCGUGGGAAUUCCUGGGGUCGGCCAAAUACUGAGUCAUUAUCAGAAUCUGAUGGUGAAUCCGGCUUCAUCGAGAAUGUCAACGAUGGCGAUUUGGGAACUGUAGUUGUCAAUUGGAUAUCUCGUGUGAUCGAUAGGAUAUGCUCAGCUGCGGGGCUUGAUCCUCAUCUUACGGAAAAGCUCACACAAAUCAUUCCCGGAUUUGUCGCUGUACAUAUAGAUAACCUUGAGCAAGUAUAUGUAGAGAGUCGAAAACUUGCUCCUCCACCGAAGGUGCGGAACAGUACUUUGGGUGUUAAAAACUCCAAACUUCUCACGCCCGUAUUGAUAACGCCAUGCGAACGCAUAAUGGUUGGAGGUCUGCGCUGCGUUCUUCUUCCUGAAAGGCAGUCUAUAGUUGGCGAUAAUCUGGAAAACAAUAUGAGCCUCCUACCAGCCGAAGGAGCAUUGUUCCUUACAAACUACCGUAUAAUUUUUAAGGGUCGACCGAUGAAUCCUUUCCUUACCGAUGAAAUCGUCGUUCGAUCGGUGCCGGUGAUGACACUGACCAAAGAAAAGGCGGUAAAUGACCACAGCUUGCAUUCUGGAGGACUACUGCAUGGGCUUCCUUCGAAGCUAGCUAGUUCUCUUCAUGACGGGCUUCAGAUGAGAACCUCUUGUUUCCAACUUCUCAGAGUAGCGUUUGAUGAAGAGGUGAGCGCUGAUGAUGUGGAAGCAUUCACAAAGUCAUUAUCGAACCAACGCUGGCCGAAUGCUUUGCCUCACUCACUAUUUGCCUACAAUACUGUUAGCCACUUACUUACAGCAACACUCCCUUCCGUAUCGAAAAAUAAGUAUAGUACUAUUCGCGAGCUCAAGAAGACGAUUUCCCGAUUUCCAGGCAAAAGUGGUCGUUUUUCUGCUAGUAAUUCCAUGAGUCGCCGCCGCCUAGAUUCCAUAGAUAAGUGGCCACAGGCACAAAUGAUAGCUCCAGCAAUGAAAGCAUUGACUCAACCAACAAAAAAUGAGACAUCUGUUAGUCAUAUAAGCGACGACUCGUUUAUGAAAAUCGCAAAAGGGUUUAAACAUGGUCGUUUUCCUGUAAUAACAUGGACGAAUGAAAAUGGAGCGUUGUUGAUUCGGGGAAGUGGUUUUGCUCCUACUAAUGUGGUUCAGAAGAUUAAGAAGGCAAAUAUUCUGCAUGCUAACGAAUCUGUGUCAACAUUAGGUGGAAGCCGCAUGACGCUCGUUUCCAAAGAUAGUGGUGAAUCUGGGCCAUUAAAUAGUGUAGAAUUUCAGGAGCACUAUCUUGCUCGUCUCGCACAAGUGUCGCCAUCCGACGCAGGUGACCUUUGUGGUGCGAUGGGUAGUAUGACUAGCUUGUUGUCAAUCGAAAGCAUUCUAACUGGAGAUGGAAUCUCUGUCGCAACAGGAACUCCUGAUGCUCGCCGACGUAACCAAACAGAUUUUGGGCGAUAUUAUGCUACGUCUUUUCGAAGCACCAAUACUAAACCAUACUCGAGAGGUUCGAUGAUGUUGAAUCCAGCUGCUUGGACGGCUUCGACAUCGUCAUCGUCCAGUGAAAGACAACCUCUGAAGACAUUACAACAUGCCAUUGGGAGCCUAACUCGAAGAAAUUUGUAUAUUUUGGUGGAAAAAGCCCAUGCAAAGAUUUUUCGCUGCGAUAAGAACAUAGAGUUCGUUCCGAUCUCGUUUCCUACUACUCAUAAUAUGAAAGUGUCGUUCAAGAAGUUACUUCGGGCAAUGCAGCCAAGUGCACCUUUUACGGAUUCAUCCACGUUAACGUUCUACAGAUCAGUGGAAGAGUCUGAGUGGCUCCAAAUGGUGGCUGUUUGUAUAGAAGAAGGAUGGGAUGCAACAUGCCAGUUAAUGUCCCUCGCUGAGCUUAUGCUAGACCCCUAUUAUCGAACGAUCGAAGGCUUUCAGUCGUCAGCCAUCAUUCAGAAGCUUAUUGAAAAGGAAUGGCUGGCAUUUGGUCACCGUUUCUCUCACCGUGCGAAUCACACAAUUUCUUCUCAGAAUAGUGGGAUCACACCAGUGUUCCUCCUGUUUCUUGAUGCUGUGCAUCAGCUUUUAAUUCAAUUCCCCGGUGCUUUCGAGAUUAAUGAUUUCUACCUUCGUUUUCUUGCUUAUCACAGCCAAUCUGCUUUCUUUCGCACUUUCAUUAUGGACUCUGAAAGUGAACGGGUUCAGUUGGAACAGCUUAUUCCAGAAACUGGUGAAGAUCAUCGUGGUUGUAUUUGGCUGUACAUAAAGGAAAAGACAGGUUGCAAAACAAUUUUCCACAAUCUUUUGUAUUCGUCGGAUGGUCAAGGUGUACUGAUUCCCGCUUGUUCUGUUGCGGCACUUCAGAUAUGGUCAUUUUAUUCAGAAGAAACUCUUAGCCACGGCUCGCCGUAUGAUAUUGGUAGUUUGUCUCCUUCUCCGUUAGUCGAUGUUGCCGAAGCUGAGCAAAGUGAAAGGGAUGAAGAGUAUUUUUCGCAUUCUGAAUGCGUGACAACAGGCGGUGCCACAUCUCGUAUCAUCGACGGCGUGGUAACAUGCCAGGACUUAAAAAGAGAAGACGGAAUCACCUUCCUUUUACAGACCAAUAAUCGUUUGAAUCCUCUCGAAAAACCACGUGUUGGUGACUGGUUGACCAUUUGGAAUGCUGCUGAAGAAAGAAUGAUUACAGACGAUGAAGAAGUGAGAAACUCAUGCAAAAUAGAUUAUCUGCGUUCAAUUUGUUACAUUGUUGAAUCACUUCUCAUGGAAAUUACCGCAAUUCAAAUUCAGCAAGAUGACAAAGAGGAGAAGCCUCGUAAUUGGGACUGGCUACUGAGACGAGUGCUACUAAAGAAGGCGGCACUUCGAAUACUGCUUAGAGGAGUGAGUAGUCGACUGGCAACUAGUAAAAAGAAUGCAAGUCGAAAUCACGUCUUCGAGCACUACGGUGCCAGUGGUGGACAACCUUCAGAGUGCGCACUUUGUCGUUUUCCGCUUUAUGGAACAGUAGUGCGUACAGGUCAGCGAUGUCGUCAAUGUGGAGUAAUCGCUCAUGAUAAGUGUAUAGUGAACGUUACGUGGCCUUGCAGUGAACGAGCCUCUACAGGGGCUCAUUCGCCCCUAGAAACAACGCUACGUUCCACUACCGAAAAUAUGGGCACUGUUACACAUAGCGAGACGUUACGCAGCGACGGUGACGGAAUUACCCGCACUCUGACUUUGAACCAUGGGACAAAUUUGUCAUCACACAACACGGUUCCUUUACAUAAGGGUUAUCUAAGUAAAAAAGGUGCGAAAUUCAAGUUGUGGGCUCCACGAUGGUUUGAACUCGAGGCAAAUAGUCAUAAGAUGUAUUAUUAUGAAUCGGAACACGACCUUGAAUGUCGUGGUUACAUCGACUUAUGUGAUGUAGGAAGUGUUGAAGUGGAAACUAGUGGCAAUAAGGCAAUUCUGGAGUUACGCACAAAAGAGCGUGUGUACUCCUUGCUGGCUGAAAGCCGCCAAGCAGCUGAAACUUGGAAGGAGAAAAUUGAAAUGGUUCUCAGAGAAUGA